UGGAUAUUUGAUGUAUAUGCUGUGCGCAGAAAAGAAUCUUCAUGAUGAUAAACUUUGAAUAUACUUUAGGAUUUAUGGAUUAUGCAGCAUUUGUGGUUAUAGUUGCAAUUUACUUUAUUCUUACGAUCUACCUCAAUACACGAGUAAACAGUAAAGUCAAUAAAAAUCUGUCUGCGAGCAACAGUGAAUGGAAUGUGAAAGCGAAAGAUGAAAAUUUCUUUUCAGUUGCUCUAUCAAACAUCGUAAAAUAUUCAUCCUGGAUGAUUUUAUUGGGAAUAUGCAGCGAUGCUUAUGAGAAUGGAAUCCAAUUUCUCAUUUUCUUCUUUGUUGGAUCAGCUUUUAUGACAAUUUUUAUGAAUUUCAUUAUAAUACCUGUUUUUCACGAGAGUGAAGUCUCGACAUUGAGUCAGGUUAGUUAAGUAUUUUUGUUUUGUCAGAAAUUUUCAUUUUCUUAUUUAUCAACUCUCAAAACGCUAUCAAAUGAGCAUCGAAAAUAGCAACAGCUACAAGAGAAAAAAAGCAAUAAAUGAAGUUUGUUUCUGUUCGAUGCUUUCUAAUCAAAGUUUUCAA